UAGAAAGUAUCUAAACACUUAUUUGAAUGUAAAAUUUACAGCCAAAAGUUUUGGGAGUAAAGAUUUGAGAUCUAAACAGACCUAAGUUGUUAGAGUUACUCUUAGCGUAAAAAAUUAGCAGCUAAAUUUUAGGAUUAAUGGACCAACAUGUCGUUUGCACAGAAGGCGUGUCAACAACGAUAGCAGCUUUUCAACUACCUACUGCACUCACCAACGCCGCUAGCGAGUAGCGAUAGCGACCAAACCAAGCCAAAAAAAAAAAAAAUGCCUGCGGACGAUCCGCUCGCCGGAGCCACCGGCGGCGCCGCCAUGGCAUCGGACGACGGCGCGCCUCGCAGCCCACCCACACCACCUCCGCCCCGCCCUGUCUCCUUCAGCUUCUUUUUCUACCUCGCCGUUUAUGUCUUCCUCCUCGCGCUCCUUCUUCCCCGCCUUCUUCCUUCGUGGCCUUGGCGUGCUUUCCAACGGGACCAAUUCAUCGUCUGUGGCGUGCUGAACCUCGAUCCCGCGCCGGGCGUCUUCGUCAUGACCUCCCGCCUCGAGAGCGUCUCGCCCACGCACCGCGUCCUCAUCCUCCCCGGCCUCGCCACGGGAGCCUUCUCCUUCCGCCGCCUCUACAGGUCCCUCGAAUCCCGUGGCCUCCACGUGGUGGUCCUCGACCUCCCAGGCCAGGGCUUCUCGCCAGCGCCACCUGCUGCGCGCGGCGCCGCGCGCGUUAUCCAGGAGAUCAUGAACCCCGGUGCCUUCCAACAAGCCUCGUCCCCGUACGCGCCUGCUCAGGAGGCGGCCGCGGCCGUCGCCCGCGCCGCGGAGGCGCUGGGCCUGGGCGUCGGCGGCGGGGCCUUCCACCUCGUGCUCCAUGACUCCGCGCUCGCUGCCGGUGCCGCGUUCGUCGCGGGGGCCAACCCGGGGACGGUGGUCCGGAGCGUGACGCUGAUCGACGCUACCGCGUCCGAGGAGCCGGCGUUCCCCGCCGCGAUCUUCAGCGUGCCCGUGGUUGGGAAGCUCGUGCUGCGGGUGCCCCCUCUGUUCCGCUGGCUGCUGCGGCGGUUCUGCGCGCGCGGGAUGGGAGCCGAGGACGCGGAUGCGCACCGGGCGUUGAUGCUGGUGAAGGGUCAGGCGAGGGUGGUUGAGGCCUGGAAAGCCAUGAAUCACAGCUUUGAUCUGGCGGAGUGGAGAGAAUCUUCCGAGGAGGUGAGGAAGCUGCCGAUGAUGGUGCUGUGGUCGGGCACUUGGUCGAGCAGGUGGAGCAGCGAGGGGAAGAAGGUUGCGGCUGCGUUGCCAGACGCCAAAUUCAUCCAUCAUUCCGGGGGCCGAUGGCCUCAGGAGGAUGCUCCUGAGGAAAUCUCGAAGGUGAUAACGGAGUUUGUAACCACAUUUGAGGAAGCAGCAGGUGGCUACCACCUAUCUCGGAGUUUCAAGGGUUUCAAUCCUUUUGCUGCAGAAAGGGUAAACUACAUUUUUCAAUCUUCAAUUUGCACCUCAAUCCAAUUUUGUAACCUGAACUCAAAAACCAGGUAACAGACACACUCUAAUUGCUGAAACCAGACAGAUUUGAUCCCCUGGCCGGUUUCAUAGGUUGUUUUCUAUUUUCUAAAAAUAAUAAAUAUCUGGUUUGAUAUCUUAAAAUUCAUAAUUAAUUUGUCUUAAAUCACAAAACUAUACGUCGAUCUGAAGACUCGAUCUGCCUCCCCCAUCGCGAGCUCGGAGUGGAGUCGAGUACCUCGAAGCCAACGUCGACUCGGAGUCCUAUCUAGACGUCGAGUCUUGAUUUUUUACUCUCUUUCCUCGUUAAAUUGCAUGCCAUGUCACCAAAGUGUCUACGUGGCACUGUAAUUAAUAAGGAUAGACUCCAUGAUGGAGUCUGCACUGUGAGUGUCCUUAUUGCUUGUAGUCAUGCUCAUUAUUUAUUAAAAUAACUCUAAAUAGAGUAUCAGCAGAUUUAGAUAGAUAGCACUUUUAGAAGAAAACUGAAACUACUUUCAUAUCUUCUGAUUUAAAGCAAAUUAAUUAUGAACUUUUAGAUAUCAAACUAGAUUUUUAUUAUUUUUUAAAAAUAGAAAACCACCUUUGAAACCAGUUAGAUGACUAAAUUUAUCUGGUUUCAAUAGUUGGAGGGUGUCUGGUCUUGUAGUUGAGGGUUGAAAAUCAAACUUACUUGUAACUUGAAGGUUGAAAAAUGUACUUUGCCCUUAUGGAAAUACCUUAUGCGCAUAUAUGUGGUUCACUCAAAGGAAGUUGCUCUGCCUUGGCCCUUGGAGAAGCUGUGGCUACUGUUGUGAGCUGUCAGCAAGAAAAACUUACCUAUGUAUGGCCAUCACGUUCAUGUAUAUAAUAUCCUCGUUUAAGAAUCAGUUGAUGCAGUGACAAAGUGUAACUUGAGGUUUUUGUUUC